AUGCACUACGCUACGACUGCCAAGAUGAUGGAGCGUUCCAUCACGCAUCAACACUUCCGCCGCCAGGCUCUGAGUCUUGAGGCCAUCACCGAGGAGCCCACCAACGCCACCAAUGAGCCGGCGUACAAGGCGCACUUCAAGCAAUCGCCAUCGCGCCACCCUCACGGACCAACAACUACCGACGGUGAGCCGAUCUGGGAGAACCCCAUCAACCACGCCGUGUACGACCUCGACAAGAUCGCCACCAUGGAGCAGACGCACCACCCCAUCGUCAAGAUGCACGAGCGCGUCGCCUACAUGGCCGUCAAGGCGCUGCGCACGGGCUUCGACGUCAUCUCCGGCUACCGCGGCCCCGGCGGCGCCAUGACCGAGAAGGACUGGCUCAACCGCUGCCUCUUCCUCGAGUCCGUGGCGGGCGUGCCCGGCAUGGUGGGCGGCAUGCUGCGCCACCUGCGCUCGCUGCGCCUGCUCAAGCGCGACUACGGCUGGAUCCACACGCUGCUGGAGGAGGCCGAGAACGAGCGCAUGCACCUGCUCAUCUUCAUGAACAUCAAGCAGCCGGGCUACUUCUUCCGCGCGCUCGUGGUGGGGGCGCAGGGCGUCUUCUUCAACGGCUUCUUUCUGACGUAUCUCGUCUCGCCCAAGACGUGCCACCGCUUCGUGGGCUACCUCGAGGAGGAGGCCGUCAAGACGUACUCGUGUCUGCUGCAGGACAUCGAGGACGGCCACCUGGACGCGUGGAAGGAAAAGAAGGCGCCGCUCAUCGCGCAGACGUACUACAAGCUGCCGGAGGACGCGUCCAUCUACGACGUGGUCAAGUGCGUGCGCGCGGACGAGGCCAACCACCGCGACGUGAACCACGCGUUCGCCAACCUGGACCAGAAGAAGGGCGUCAGUCCGUUCGUCUACAGCCACCACUAG